AUGGACCCCAACUCAACCUCGGCGAAGCUCAUUCAGCUCGGUGUGCUAGUACAGUCGGCUUUGGCGACACUCAUAACAUCCAGUGAACAGAGCAAGGAAUCACUCCCCCCCAAAGAGUUGUUCAAUGCCCAAAGAACGAUUCUCUCCGCAGCAGGCAUGCUCACGGAGCUUGUGAGCACGCCAAGCAACCGUCUUUUGGAAGUGUCAACGCAAUACUUUGAGGCGCGUGCCUUGCACAUUGCAGCUGAGAAGCGAAUCCCAGAUAUGCUUGUCGGUUCCGAUGAAAGCGGCGUUGCCGUGGAGGACCUGGCAAAGCAGAUGCCAGCCAUGCUGAUUGGGUACUCUGUGAAUAUAGCUCGACUCAUGCGUUGUUUGUGUUCCAUCCAUAUCUUCAAAGAGGUUCAGCCCGACCGCUUCGCGAAUAACCAUGUGUCGGCUGCUUUGGUCGGUAACGAGCCACUCAGAGCAUACAUUGUCAUGUUCGCUUUUGACAUAUACUCGGCGUCUGAUCAUCUACCUCGAUCGCUCUUUGACAAGAAAACGGGCCCUUCUUUCGACGUCAUAGAUACAGCUUUCCAGGCAGCAGCAAAUACGCAAAAAGCACGAUGGGACUGGCUAGAGGAAAAGGUCACGGUGCAAAACUUGCAGGACGGACGUUGCGGAACAGACGGAGGACCUAGCGGCUAUCCAGGUCCUUUUGGGUCUGAACUCGACAAGGCAGUGCAAGGAAAAUCCGCGUCUGACCUGGUAGGGCGGCCUGAACUGCCCAUUUUCGGGCUCGCCAUGGUUGGCGGAGAUUAUCCAUGGGAGUCGCUAGGCUCUGCGCUCGUGGUUGACGUGGGCGGAGGUGUGGGCGGUUUCAGUCUCCAGCUCUCGCAAGUCCAUCCGCAAUUACAAUUUGUCAUCCAGGAUCGCGCGGCGAUGCUGGAGCAAGCUGAGAAGGUGGUCUGGCCAAAAGACAACCCAGAUGCCGUCGCGCAAAAGAGGGUGCAAUUCUGCCCUCACGACUUCUUCGAGCCUAAUCCGAUCAAGAACGCCGACGUUUACUGGCUUCGAUACGUGAUACACGAUUGGUCGGACGACUUUUGUGUCCGGAUUCUUACGGCUAUCAAGCCCAGCAUGGGCCCGCGGUCGCGGAUUCUGAUCUGCGAUCAGGUCAUGAACACAACGUUGGGUUCGGAGGAGCUUGCCGCUGCACCUGCUCCUCUGCCUGCAAACUGGGGCUAUUACACUCGUUACUCGCAUCAACGCGACCUUGCGAUGAUGGCGUUGUUGAACGGCAUUGAGCGGACGCCUCGCGAAUUCCGCGUCAUCGUUGAGAAGGCGGGAUUGAAGCUGCAUAAGAUAUGGGACUGCCGUAGUCAGGUUUCGUUGGUGGAGGUUGUACUGCCAAAUUCAGAGCUCGUGUAA